AUGUCGCGCGACGAGGGCAACGAUCCCUGGAACGCCGGCAUCAUUCGCACCCCCUCCCCCACUUCCUCUAACGCAGACGAGUUUGUGACCGUAAAUGGCUUCGUCCAGCUCUCGCGCGACAACGACCUCGCAAACGAACUCGACCUCAGUCGGCGCGAGGACCACGCCAUCGUCAAGGAGACGCCUUUCACGCUGGCCAAUCUCCGCGUGCAGCAGCAGGCGCAGAAGGUGAGAACAAGCGCACGCGAGAAGGGACGGGUUGGUGGGUCUAUCCGUACCGCCGACGGCUCGGAUGAAUCUCCCUUCAUCGUCGACGACCCGAGAACCUCGGCGCCGAAGAAACGGCGCACGAUGAACACCGGGUGGACGGACAGCAGCGGGACGGCGCUCGAUGCGGGCCCGAUUCGCAAGAAAGGCAAGAGGGUACAGGGGGAACAGAGUGAGGUGAAGAGCAAGCCGAAGAAGGAGGUGAGGAAGGAUGUGCCAGCGCGCAAGGCCCCGCCCAAGCGCAAGAAAUGCAAGAACUCGGACGACAAGGUCGAGUUCCACAGGCUCCCCACUAUCACCUCCCACUCUGACUUUCCCAUCCUAGCUGGGCUGGAGCGCCAGCGCUCUUUGCCGAAGAAGAAGCCGGCCAAGAAGGAUAGUCCCCUUACGACCUCGAUUGAUGCUCCGGCCAGGGGGUCGGCUGGCUCAUUCAAGCCUCCCCAGACCAAGCUCGACUUCGAUGCCCUCAUUGGCGGCUACCGGCACAAGACGAAGGCGAAGGCACCUCCGCCUUCUAGAACGCCAUCACCAGCGGAAACCGAGUCAACCAACCCCGACCUCUCCGCUGCCCUCUACAAGGAGUUUGGCAUGCUUAAGAAUCGUGGUCCUUCCAAGCCUGUCACCAAGUCCAAGCUCACCUCGACCGCUGGGUUAUCGAGACCCACCCCUGGGCCCUUCAAGACUUCGGCGAGGCCAGCCGACCUUCCGGUCAGCAUGUUGAAGUUCGGUCCCCCUUUGGCAGCAGCGACGCGCCCACCUGCGAUCAUCGACAUCACCUCCCCUGACCCCACUGUUAACACAAGUCCUCGCAACAAGAGCCUCUCCUCCGAUCGGGGCCACGUCAGGUCCCCUAAGCCUAAUAGGAUAAUACAACCGAUUGCUGUGCGUCACAACCCCGUUGAGCUCCUGGAGACGCUCGCUGCAGAGCACGACUUUUCAGGUGCAAAGUCCAAGAAGGCUUCAUUGCUUCCAGAGCGCUCUGCGCCCCACGGAAACACCUACCAACCUCCCCAGAGAGAUGUUGAGACGGCGUUCCCCAUGCAUCACGGCCUUUACGAUCGGCCUGGUCUCGACGGGCGCCCUGAACACGAUGUUAUCGAUCUGGGGACAGACGUCGUCUUCAUGUACAAGCAGCGUCCCAUUUGGCAGCAGGACGACCAGACGGGCGAGUACGGCGGUUACGCGAACGAUAGGCAACCUGGACCCAGCGAUCGCAACCCGGACUUGGCUGGUCAAGAUGGCCCCCAGCAGGACGGUUACAGUGGGCACGAAUUCGCCGAUCAAGACUGGCAGCAACCCACCGAUCGUGGGGUGGACGGUCUCUGGGGUCAGGAACGGCGACAGGACUACGACGUCGAGGUCAAUCAUGGGCCGUCGAGCCUGGCCGGAGGCCACAACCACGUUCAGAGGCUGCCUGGCGACCGGUACGACCCACAGAGCCGAGGCGAGUGUGGAAGCGUAGCAAGAGCUCCCACUCGUCUUGCUCGCGUUCCAUCCCCAAACGACCUGUUCACCCGCAAGGGCACAAUCCACGGGAUGUCGAUGAGAGCCCCUACCCGUAUUGCACCGAAGAAAUACAGCCCACCCCAGCAAUACAGUACACACCAUCAUCACAGGACCAUCACCUCGGAUGCGUACCGCACUCCGUUCAGAGCACCUGUUGGGCGCACUGAUCGCUCUUCUGACUACAGCCCUAGGUCUCUCGCCAACGCAAAGGGCCCCAUCACGCCCACUCACGCAUACACUCAGGCCAAACGACGUGAGAGCAAGCCCCUCGCGGGCUCAUGGCACAAGGUCCUCGGCUCGCCAAGUCCUCCACCAGCCCACGAGGAGUGGUCGACGCUCCCAACCAAACGCCAGCGGGUCACGAUACACCCCAACUUGUCGCGAGGCAAGAGUUCCAAGUUCCGCCUCCCAAUCAACCUGCUCUCGGGCCGCAAGCUGCCGUCUCAGAAGCCCGACCCGCUUGCGCAGUCUCCACCGUCAAACAACGAGCCGUCCUUGUACACCGGCGGGGUCACCAUCACCAAGUGGACCCCGAGCGCCCUCAGCCAGCAGCCAGCUGCCGAGUCCAGCAGCACAACUCAGCGCGGUUACGUGCCGUCAAACAUGCGUGUUCUUGAGUGCAUGGGCGAGCCAAGCCCUGAGCAGAACGGGCUCUACCCCGACUCGACGCCUCAUCGCUCUCGGCCGGCGCCAUACUUCGACCCACCCCAUUCUCGCGGGGGAUCGAGUUCGUACCAGCCCCGGAGUGGUGUCAACCCUUACGCGACACCACGCUCGCUCGGCCCCGGGCCUUCGAUUGGGCCGGCCGACCACCACGACGAUGACGACGAUGACUGGGCUGACUCGUGGCGCUUGAGUGUGCACGUCAGGGGUGGUGUUGGGCCGAAGAACGGGUAG